AUCAGCCAAUCAAAUUGCAGUUAGUCCGCUCGCAGCAUAAACAAGGAAGUAGAAGCUGAUGGCUCCAUUUGCUGUGUACUGUACUGUCAAAUAUACACCUCUCAGACCUUCAUUGAUUUUUUUGGGUCGUUAAAGUUUCCAGAAAGCUGCUCUGGAUGUAAGGAGUGCUCCCUCAUGGCCAGUGUUGUUGACAUCUGAAGGUUAUGAACCCGAGUGCCUUUUCAGUUUACUCCGAGAGCCAGUCUCCUGCAGAUGAAUAUAUGGACGACUGGCUCUUCCUUCCUUCUUCCUCGGCCGUUUCUCCCCCCCAAGAAGGAGCCUGCAGAGAAGACCCAGAGGAAAGAGGCAAACUCAAAUCUAAGUUGGUCUCAGCAUGGAAUAGUGUCAAAUAUGGCUGGUCCUUCAAGCAGAAAUCAAAUUUGAACAAGAGCUCUCCUGUGAUGAUGUUUGGAAAGUCAUAUCAGCUCAGCCAUCCAGGAGAGAAGGAGUGUUUCCACCACUCCUUUGCAGCUCUCCUGUGGUUGACAUACAGACGAGGUUUCCCUCAAUUGAAAGGCUGCUCCCUGACCACGGACAGUGGCUGGGGGUGUCUUCUCCGCACAGGGCAGAUGUUGUUGGCGCGAGGCCUGCUUUUACACCUGAUGCCACAAGGCUUGACAUGUUCUGUGAGCCAUCAUAUGUUCAAAGAUGAUAUGGAUCUCCCAGAGAUACGCCCCGACGCCCGAGCCGCGUGUAUGCAGAACUCCGGAGGGCUCAGAAAGAGUGCACGAAAGCUGAGUUUGGGUUCCCUCCUGGACAGAUGCAUGGAAUCCACACACAGGAAGGUUGUCUCGUGGUUUGCAGAUCACCCCUCGGCUCCUUUUGGGAUACAUCAGCUGGUGGAGUUCGGCAAAGGUUUGGGGAAGAAAGCAGGGGACUGGUAUGGCCCCUCAAUUGUGGCACAUAUUCUGCGGAAAGCUGCAGAAGCAUCAGCUGACCUUCCCAAUCUUGCCAUCUAUGUUGCACAAGAUUGUACCAUCUACAAAGAUGAUGUGAAAGAGUUGUGCAGACGGCGUCUUUCCGGGAGCUCUGCUGCAUCUCUUCAGCCUUGGAGGGCCGUCAUCCUCUUGGUGCCCGUGCGGCUUGGAGGACAGGAACUCAACUCUGCCUAUAUCACGAGCGUCAAGAAAAUCCUCACCUUAGAAUACUGCAUUGGUAUCAUCGGGGGCAAACCAAAGCGCUCUCUCUACUUUGUUGGUUUCCAAGAUGACCAUCUGUUGUACUUGGACCCUCAUUACUGUCAACCCACGGUGGAUAUAACCAAGGGCAACUUUCCUCUCGAGUCAUUUCACUGUAAAUAUCCACGGAAAAUGCCUUUCUCUCGCAUGGAUCCCAGCUGCACCAUUGGAUUCUAUGCAAAAGGCCAAAAGGACUUUGAAAUGCUGUGCAAAGUUGUCGACGAGGCUGUCUCCACAUCUGCGGAGAUGUACCCCGUGUUUGUGUUUGCCAAAGGUCAUCGUCGAGUGGAGGAGGAGGAACACAAGAGCCCAGCCACUAACAUCACUUAUAUCCAGAGGAAGACCGAGCUGAGGGGGGUCGAUACUAGUGACAGCAUGGAUGAGUUUGUUCUAUUGUAAGCGAACAUCAGAAAAGGGUUGCGGGGGGGGGGGGGGGAUGCUCAAGUAAAACCCCAAACUGAGAGCAUCAUGGUGGGUUUGUGGUUAACACAUCUGCCUUCCAGUUCUGAAGUUUGGGUUCAAAUCUCCGUCCGCCCUGUGUGGAGUUCAUACUUUGACUUCCUCGCCUGUUCCAAAAAUAUCUUAGGUUAAUUGAAGACUCUGAAAUAUCGUACCCAGAUACCGUAUGCACAUUCUGGGUAUGAAUAUGAGUGUGACUGGUUGUUAGGGGACCAGGCCAGAGAUGGAUAAAAAUGGGUGGAUUUUUCUGCCUAAUAUUAAUCUGCAAUAUUAAUCAGAACACAGGGUUUAGACUGGAGAGUGCAGAGAACAUAGCAUUAAGAAAAAAAUUGACUGCACUUCCCCUUUAAACAUUGACACUACACAUUAUUUUACUGUUAUAAUUAUUGUUACACACGGUGAAACUUAAUAUUGCUCUCAGGGCAAUGUUUUAUUUUCCUAAUACUGUAUUCAACAGUAAUAAAUGAGUACUGAACUAGCAAUAAUGAACAACAGCUGGUCGGAAGCGUUAUUGCUACAAAUAUAGCUUUUCGCUGUUGGACAAGCAUGUGACUUGCUUUCUUGAAUGAAGGAGGAAAAAAGGCUUCUGAACAUGUGACAUCAGAUGAGAAAAAAAAGGCAAUAUUUUCGAAGAUGUAGCAGAUUACGUGUUUUAGACUGGGGGAACUGACCUCAGGAAAAACAAAUACAAGCUCUGUGAUCUAUGCAUAUUUGGAUUACAUUUUUAUCUGUAUACAUUUUUAUUCUACUCUGUGGUGCACUGUACUGUACAGUUUUACACAAGGAAGGAUUUGAAAUAAAUUUGCUGAAAAUA